AUGUCAUCCCUAGUUCAACAUGGACGACGGAGAGGAUCCGGUAAAAGUGUUGACACCACCUUUAAUACAAUCCAGCUUCCAGAUCUACGGCAAAUCACCGUCUUAACCAAGGCUGACUGGCUAAGGAUUCAGGAUAAAAUCAAUCAUGUUGAUAAAGAGAAGGAGAGGAUGAUGGAGGUUGCGAGGCAGAAGCAAGCCCUGCACCUUAAAUCCAAAGAGAUGGCCAAACUUUGGCCUGAUACACUCGCCCGUCAAAGACAGAAGAAACUAGAGGCUAAGAAAAUCCGGGACCAGAUGGAUGAGGAAAAAAGGAAACAGAUCGAUAUGGAGGAGGCCCAAUAUCGGGAAGAAAAGAGGAAGGAUGCCAUCGAAAAGGCAAAGAAACAGCUGUACUAUGAGACAGAACGAGUCAAAGGACUGCAUCGUGGACUCUUGCUGACAGAGGUUCUGAAGGAAAGGGAGGCUCAGAUAGAGCUAAAGCAAAGGAAAACGAGCGCCUCCAAAGACCUGGACAAGGAAUACGUGCAGAUGUUGAAAGCUAGGGAGGAUGAAGCGCUCAAAAAGGAGCAGGAGCGAGCUCAACAGAAAAAACAGCAGUGCAAGGCUUUCGCAGAAGAUCUGCAGAAGCAGAUAAAAGAAAAUCAGCUGCAGAAGGAACAACAAAGGCAUGAAACAAAGAGGGAAGGCGAGGAAAUCCAACGGUGUCAAGACCUCCAUCAAUGGGAGCAAAAAAUGGAAGAGGAGAUGCAAGCUAAGCAGAAGAACCAUUUCAUGCAAGCCCAGCUGGAGCAUCUCACUCAGAGAGAUAUUUCUAAGGCUGCAGAUGCAAAAAAACAGGAGGCGGAGGAGGUCCAAAGGAAACUGUUCCUUUCUGCAAAAGAGAAAAUGGUGAAGUUAAGAAGAGAUAGAGAGAAGGAGUUGCUCAGAGAGGUCCAGUAUCGCAGAGAGAAGAUCAUGGAUAAGCUUAUCCGGGCUCAGCAAGAGCAGGAGGAGAAGCAGCAAACCGUCAGCAAGGCUGUCUCAGAGCUGGAUGCACAGAGAAUACAGCAUCAAUGGGAGGAGGAACAGAAGAGAGCGGAAAUGAUCAAAUCAAUUGCAGCUCACAGAGAACACGUGAUCCAAGAAAGGGAGCGCAAUGAAAUUAUGAGAAAGGAGAAAGAAAGGGAAGCUCUUCAGGCAAAGAAAGAAGAUGACCGAAUAUUUUGUGAGGAACAGCAAAGAAAGACCCAAAGCAUACGGCAGGAGCUUCAGAAGUUACAGGACUUCAAUGCAAGUCAAAUGGUGGCAAAACAAGCCAGGCAGCAUCAAAUUAGGCAAGCAGAAAACGAGUUUCAAGCAAAGAACAUGGCGCUGCUCGUUGAAGAAGAGCUUGGGUUCCAGCAGUAUUCGAGGGACGUGGUCCAAGCGGCAGCUGCCGCCGAGCGCAGCGUGAUUCCACUCUACAAGGCUGUGAAGGAGGGGGGCGCAGGGGGCCCCAGCUUCACUGGGGCAAAACCUCGCUACCUUGUUCAAGACAGCAGCGGUGCCGAAAUGCCCAACUAUGUAUCUAAUACUACGCAGGACAUCAAGAACAUCCAUGAGGUUGUGGAUAUUGAAAAAGCAAAGAAAAGGCUUGGGUUUAUAUGGUCAUAG